UGUUAUUUAAAUCUCAGCACAAGGAUUGAAGCAGAGAAAGUUGUGACCGUUGAAUUGAAAUCCCUUAUCUAUCUCUGAGGUCCUCAUUUUUCCAGUGGAAACAACAGAGAAGCAAUAUGAGGCAGUGAGAAGUUUUCUUCUUUUUACGCUUACCUUUGGGUGACCCUUGAAUCAUGGGUCCAUUGUUGGCAUUGUGAUUGGAGUGGCUACAAAGAGAGGAGGGGGAAAAGAUAGGCAUGGGAGCUAUUGGUGGGGAAGAGUUGAAGAAGUGGGAGAAAAUGCAAGGAGCUGCAUUGGGCGGUGAAGAGAAGAUCUUGGUGUUGGUAAGGCUGAGGCCUCUUAGUGAAAAGGAAAUUUCAAGGAAUGAAGUUUCAGAUUGGGAAUGUAUCAAUGAGACCAGCAUCUUAUACAGGAACAGUCUCCAGGAACGGUCUGGAUUGCCAACUGCUUAUACCUUCGACAGGGUAUAUAGAGGUGAUUGCUCAACAAGGGAAGUGUAUGAGGGAGGAACAAAGGACAUUGCUCUUUCUGUUGUCAGCGGAAUCAACUCAACUAUCUUUGCGUAUGGACAAACAAGCAGUGGAAAGACCUACACAAUGAAUGGAAUUACAGAGUUUACAGUAGCGGACAUAUAUGAUUAUAUGCAAAAGCACGAAGAAAGAGCUUUUGUUUUGAAGUUUUCUGCAAUGGAGAUCUACAAUGAAGUUGUCCGAGACCUCCUCAGCUCAGAUAGUUCUCCUCUUAGGCUGCUCGAUGAUCCUGAAAAAGGGACCAUUAUUGAGAAACUCACAGAAGAAACUUUAAGGGAUUGGGACCAUCUGAAAGAUCUCUUGUCCAUAUGUGAAGCUCAAAGACAAAUUGGCGAAACUUAUCUUAAUGAAAAUAGCUCCAGGUCUCAUCAAAUUCUUAGACUGACAAUUGAAAGUUCAGCCCGUGAGUUUAUAGGGAAGGACAACAAAACAACUCUUUCUGCUAGUGUGAAUUUUGUUGAUCUAGCAGGUAGCGAACGCGCAUCUCAGUCUCUGUCAGUUGGGCAGAGACUGAAAGAAGGCUGUCAUAUUAAUCGUAGUUUGUUGACUUUGGGAACUGUUAUUCGCAAGCUAAGCAAGGGAAGACAUGGGCAUGUCAAUUAUAGAGAUUCUAAGCUAACUCGUAUCCUUCAACCUGCUUUGGGGGGCAAUGCAAGAACUGGCAUAAUCUGCACCCUGAGUCCUGCUCGAAGCCAUGUAGAACAAUCUAGAAAUACACUUCUAUUUGCCUGUUGUGCCAAAGAAGUGACCACUAAUGCACAAGUCAAUGUUGUAAUGUCUGACAAGGCAUUGGUGAAGCAUUUGCAGAAAGAGUUGGCUAGAUUAGAGAGUGAAUUAAAAACCCCCACAACUUCUUGUGAUCAUGUGGUAUUGCUGAGAAAGAAAGACCAGCAGAUUGAAAAGCUAGAGAAAGAAGUGAGGGAACUAACUAAGCAACGUGAUCUUGCUCAAUCGCGGGUUAAGGAUUUGCUGCAGACGCUUAAAAGUGAUAAAACCUCCAGCCAAAAGUUUCAGGACAUAUCAAGUCUACCUUCAGAAGGGAACACAUAUGAAGAUGAAUGUUCUGUGUCUUGCUCAUCAGCUGUAGCAGGGUCCUACAUCAGGGACAAUGAAAGUGAUGCUACCUCCUAUGUUGUGCCUGCUGCUGGUCAACAGCAGAGGGUAAAAGCAUCUGUAAAUUUGACAGGAGAAGAUUGUGAUGACCAUUGCAAGGAAGUUCGAUGUAUUGAGAUGGAUGAGUCUAGUGAAAAGCAAACCUUUGCAUCCAUCAGCUUGUCAAACACUGACUAUGGAGAAAGAAUGUCAAUGCCUCCUGCUUCCAGUAUCAGACAUUCAGACCUCCAACAGCAAUCACCAAUGUUACUUGGACAAGCAAGCAGCACCAGCGGUCGUUCUCUUCAUGGGGCCUGGGAGCAGAAAAUGCUUGAUAUCCAGAAUACAAUCAAUUCUCUUGUCAGACCUUUCCCUGAUGAUUCUUCUUCACUUUCCCUUUCAACAAGUAUAUCAGGUUCCAGAAGCCGUAAAUUAACAAGAAGCAAAAGCUGUAGAGCUAAUUUUAUGAUUGGCUCACUUUCACCCGACACUGAGACAGCUGAAGAAAACCAGACCACCCCGCCUAAUGUGCUAGAUAAGGAUUUUCCAGGAAGACCUGAGGGUUUCCAACGGAAGCACUGGAAACUACCCCUAUUAAUUUAUGGAGCAAACAGAUCUAACUUAUCGAGAAACAAUUCACAGUCUUCCAUUGGUAGUGCUUUUGUGGAUGGGAAUAAUGUCCCUGGAGAUGAGGAUAUCCCAAGUGUUGACAAUUUUGUGGCAGGUCUUAAGGAGAUGGCUAAGCAACUUCAUGAUCAGGGUCAAGAGGCUGGAAAGUCGAAAAGGAGCGUCAAAAGUAUUGGAGUGGACCCGAUGCUGGACUCAUUGGAGGCUCCUUCAGAUUGGCCUCUUGAAUUUGGAAGGCUACAGAAAAUGAUCAUUGGACUAUGGCAAACUUGCCAUAUUUCAUUGAUCCACAGGACAUACUUCCUCCUGCUGUUUAAAGGUGACCGUAUGGAUUCUAUUUACAUGGAGGUAGAGGUAAGAAGACUUUCCUUCCUCAAGGAAAUACUUUCAAAUGGAAGUUCAGCUGUGCAAGGCGGUCAGACAAUCACACUAGCAUCUAGCCUCAAAGCUCUUAGACGCGAGAGAAAUAUGCUCUGUAGGCUCAUAUAUAAAAGGUUACCAGGAGCUGAAAGAAAUGAUAUAUACCAGAAAUGGGGCAUAAAGUUGAACUCCAAAAGGAGAAGACAUCAACUGGUUCAUCGUCUUUGGAAUGACACAGAUCUGAAUCAUGUGAUAGAUAGUGCUGCCAUUGUCGCAAAGCUGAUUGGGUUCUCUGAUCAGGGUCCAGCCCUCAAGGAGAUGUUUGGGCUUAGCAUUACACCUCCUCCGAGGAAGAGCAGGAGAUCGUUUGGCUGGAAGAACAGUAUGUCAUCCCUUAUCUGAGCUUUUUGAAAGUUCAGUAGCAAAAGAAAGAUAUAGGUGAAAUUAGCAGCAAUAGUCUUAUGAUGAAUGUAAUUGGAUUGGAUACAUGUUGCCAAUUCACUGAUUAUAGGAUUGAAUAGUCUCCUUUAUUAGUUUGCUUAAGUUUGUGCAGUACUACUCUGUGAAUCAAUUAUAAUUUGUAGCUUCAUAUUUGAUAGUAA